CUGCAUGUGACGUCAUGCGUUGGUGAAAAGUCGAGCGAGGACGAGGACACGGUGUUGCACUACCAUACCAAACACGGUGAAGAAGAAGAAGCGGAGGAGACUGUUGUUUUUGGCAAAGGCCAGCUGAACAUCAGUCGGCUUUUAGACCAAGAAUUGUCGGCAAAUGGGUCCAAAUCAGAUGUGUAUGGGCGAAUGACCGAGGGGGGCUCUGUUUUUCCCCACCCACCCCGGAUGCCUCCAUCGCGUCAUGUGAAGCUGAGGCUCUCAGGAAAAAGAGACUUGCCUCUUCAGCCUACUACAAGACUUAACUGAGGACAAAAAUGCAGUCUUGUGCUUGGAUUAAUGGACAGCAGCAACACGUUGGACCAGCCUCACAAUCCUCAGAAGGCACUACUCAGUCUUCUCUUUCCACAGUGGUGAUGCAACAAGCUGGGACUGCACAAAACUCCUGUCAGUACACAGGAGCACGACUACCACAAAGCAGUUAUUUUACUUUCCAGAAUGGAGCUAACAGACAGAUGUCAAAUUGGCAAACCUCACUACGGGAUCCUCCACCGUAUCCAAAGGUUUCUCCUCAGCAGCCAUCUGGAGAAAAUAACAGCAAGUAUUAUCGAAAAGUUUUACUUAGUGAUCUGCAAGACUCAUCUACUAAUACACAAACUGGAAAUCUAGCUUCCCUGGUCACUAAUGGAUUUCAGGCUGCCUCACAGUUUCAUCCGCUCUUUACUGACAAUUCACCAACCCAAACUUCACCCAACAUGAUGAAUGCAAACACUAUAUAUUCUCGGCAAGACAUGUCAUCACAUUGGAAACAACCAGUUACAGUUCAUGGGCAACAACCAGUAAGGAUGCAGAAUGAUGCUGCUGUGUCUGAUCUUCAGCAUUAUAGGGCCCAGAAAAUCAGAUAUCAAACUGCAAAUGGAGAUGCAUUGAAACCUGUUUCAGCAUGCAUUGUAUCAGGUGCACCACUUCUAAACAUGGAACAGACGGUUUUCACUAGCACACCAAUGUCUGCUGCUGCACAUAAUAGACAGACAGCUCACAGCCAGAAUCAUGGACAAAACGGAACUCAGCUUGGAUUCUCUUUUUACAGCCCUCCAUCAAGUGUGGCUGUUUUUCAGUCUUUCGCAAACAAAAACAUUAUAACAAACUCAAAAUUGAGUGGACAGGUUUUGCACGUUUCCAGUGCAGGUAAGAAAACUCGACAAUACUCAGCUCAGCUAAGCUCAGCACAUAACAAUGGGGGAAUGGCCACCUCCUCUUUUACCUCAAAUUCAUUUAACUGCCAGUAUGAAACCGGCCGUUUCUUGCUAAAAACCAAUGAGCUUCCCCAAAAUCCUUCUGCUGAUGAAAGUCAGAUGACAAGAACAGUGAGCAGUCUGCACAACUCAUACACUGCUGCCACAGAUAGUGUGCCAGUGUCUGCUAGUUCACCUUUCAAAGGGCAGCACUUUGUUAGUGGGGUCCAAAUGACAGAGUCUUGUCAGCCUAUGCAACCUGUGUCACUGACUGCGUAUGGGAAUUAUAACUCAAAUACCACCCAGCAAUUACCACUCUAUUCUGGACAAUCUUUACCUAAAACUAUGCAGAGUGUUAUUUCAGGAGCUCAGCACACUGCAAAUGCACCACGUCUGCAAAGCUCUGUACCUGCCGACUAUGUCUCAGCAAAACGUGAUGGAAUUGGAAAUGUAGAAAAGGCAGGCGAUGCAUCCUCUACAGGGAACGUGGUUGGAUCCUCAAGUGAUGCAUCUCAGCUGAUGCAACUGCCUGAGAGCAUUUCACCACAGAGCAAUAAGACUCAGCUACCUGCAGCAAACAGUGUUGAAAUGCUUGAAAUCCUGCCAUCAGUCAAACAAAUGAACAGCUCCAUUCACUCAUCUCCUGGUCGCACAGGGACGAGAGCAGUUGCUGUUGUACAGCCGUUGUCACAAGAAAGCUAUGAGGCUGAAAACAAGCAUACGUCUUCUAACGCCACAAGUCAAUCAGAUGAGUUCACCAUGACAAACAAAUCUUUAAAUAAUGCUGAGAAAAUGCAUCUUGUUCUAUCAAAAAAUACAGAGGGUGCAUAUUUGAAAGAAGGAUUUAAUCUUUACCCAGAAAACACAAAUCAAAUGAGGUCCAACAAAGUUGUAAACAAGAAUUCUGAAGCACCCAGUGAUGGUACAUUUGUGUCAUCUUCCAAUUCAGCUGGGCCUCGAGGCCUACUGGAGAUGCUGUUAUGCUCAGAUGAUGCAGGAUCUGAGCCUACACCAACUUCUUCACCAUUGGUAAUCCCCGAAGUGCCAUUGAGAGAAAAUGGAAAUAUGGACACAAGUGAGAUGCUAGAUGAGCUUUCCUCAGUCCCAACAACUGAAUGGACAGCCAUUGCACUAACCAAGUUGAUACUACAAAAGGAAAAAGCCCAGAAGGAUUUGGUAAAAUAUGAUGCUACAAGCAUGUUAUUAAGUAUGUUUUGGGAUGGCAGUUAUAAAAUGCUGGCAUGUAAGCUCAAAGCAGGUUGGUAUAGGGAUGUAAUUACUGAUGUUGUAGAAUUCUGCAGUAAAUACGUGACAUCAGACACUGUCAUACUGUCACAGGCAAAACCCAGCUUUCAGAAGAAAUACAAAUGCUACCAUGUUCUUAAAAACAAUGAAGUUUAUUCAGAACCACCCUAUAAAUCAUCAUGGUUGAAUAUCAAUGAGCAAGUAGAUGACAUUGAUAAGGAGUUUGGCUUUCCUUGGUCUUUGAAGCAUCGUCUUUACAUGUGCGAGACUGUCAGCCAAACAGAUCAGGACGGGACAGCCACUAGCGUUCCCUCACAAUGUGUGAAUGAUGUGCCAAAAAAGGUUUUGUCUCAAAUGGAGCUUGAACCUGUUGGUUCAGGUGAAGAAAGACAAGCCUCCACUGCUGAAGCUACCGCAACUCAAGCUUCCUCUCCUAAAAAGACAGAGUGUGCUGAUUUUAGUGACCCAUAUUACUCAUUUGAAAUCCAGGUUUUGCCUCCAGAAGAGGCUAAAAUGAUCUUUGAACAAGCACAAAGUAAGAUGCCACAAAGUAUGGACAUGGAUAGUCAGCAAGAGAAAGAUGUGAACAACUCCUUGGAGAAUGAGCCACAUGAGGUUGUGGAUCCAGAAUUUAAGAAGUCUGUGUCUGCAGUACAACAGGUUUGCUGCCUUUCAAGGUGGUUGGAAACAAUUGUUGGACCAAGCAUGCUUUCUUUGAGUAAAUGCCAGUGCAAGAAAGAGCAAAGUCAAAACGACUGUACUAAUAAGACCCUUGGUAAGGAAGAGUCUGGUGCUCAAAAGUACAAUAAAGUGUCCAUGAUCAAGUCUGACAGCAAAUUCCACCCUGGCACGGCAGGAGAAAAUCAAAUGAAUGGUGGGGCAAACACUGACAAUCAACCUAUGACAUUUAGUAAGGCUGAUCUAUACAAUGAGCCAAGUCAAGCCAUUGACUUAACUGAAGGUGAUAAACCGGAGAACAUUUCUCUAAGCAUAGAUGAUGAACAGUUGAGCAUUAUACACAGAAGUGAAAGCAAAGCUGAUGACUCUAGCAGUGAAAAUGAAAUUCCCAACCAGAUGGCAGACCCUGAGGAGGAGUAUGUACAAGAUCAACUGAAAUUUGCAGGAAGCAGUCGGUCAAUCAUUUCAGACAGUGAAGUUGCGAGUCGGAUGUCAGACCCUGAAGAGGACUGUGCACCGUCUCAGCUGACGUCCACUGAUGUGGCAGAGUCAUCACUGGAAACUCAAGAAGAUCAAACUAGCGUGAGAGCUGCCCUCCAGACAACAUUGAGGCUCAGUGAUAAACAUCAAACUAUUGAAAGAAAGCGUAAGACACCAAGUAGUCAUGGGAGAGUUUUUCCAUCUCUAAUGAAAUCAAAGAAAUGCAAACCUUCUGUUGAUUUGGAUUCGCAGCCUGAGUUUAAGGGUAACAACUGUAAAGGUUUUUAUGGUAUUCAUGAGAGUGAACCAUCAGCCACAAAGGUUAGAACUGUAGACUUGGUGCUGUUUGGCUCAACAUCUCGAGAGAAGCACAUUUUAAUGGACAGCAGAAAGAACCAUAUUUCAUCUCCAAAAUCUUCAUCUCAUGCAGUAUCAGGGCCUCCAAAUGUUCUUUCUGUGAAUGUCAGUUCCUUGAAGAGAUCUAGUGUUCCCGCAAUCAAACAAGGGAUUUAUAAAAAAUGCAAGAGUUGUUUUUUGCCAACUAAAAUUAGGCACAGAAGGAAACGGAAAACACAUAAGUGUACUUCCUCUAUCUCUGUUUUGAGUUUGAAAGCUGAAACUGCUGGCUCCUCCACCAACACUAAGGAGCUGCCAGUUUCCUCUAAAAGAAGGAUCUGGAAUGGAAAUACCAAGCAGCGCCUAAGUCUGAAGAGGAGAAGAGCCUCCUUUAAUGGACUCUCACCCGGAGGGAAAAAGACAAAGGGGUAUGUGGCCACACUCAAACAGCCUGUUGAUCGAGACAGACAUGAUGCUGAAAAUGGAAGCCAUUCUGUCAUGCCUCGCCAAGACAACAAUUUCCUGAAAUUCAGCGUGUUACCCAACACCUUCAACCUUGAAGACGGAUCCAGUGGGAAAAGCGAAACCAUGGAUCCUGUGUCAGAUAAUGACUUUGAUGAAGAAAAGGACAAGGACCCCAAUAAUAGGGUCACAAGGGCAAAAGGUACCUGGUAUUCAAAUUCUGCGAAGAAAUGUUGUCCUUCACCCUCUCCUCCUGCCCUGAAUACGUCCAGCCUCUUCCAGGAGUUUCAGAAGAAAUACAUGGAGAAGACACAGCCAGCCACUGAUAAAUAACAUGGCAACCAGAAGGUUCACUAAUAGCUGGAGGGUUUUUUUUUUCUGUCAGAUAUUUUUCUGCUACCUGGGAAAGUCUUCAUUGGAGUGUGUUUUAUACUGUAUAUUCAUGGAAUAAACUGAAGCUUUGCCAGUUAAUACUGAGUUACUCUGUUACUCCUCUUUUUGCACACAAAAUUGUCAGUUGUUUACAUGGCUGUAAAAUCUCUCAAGUCGCUUGUAAUUCCUAAUGUCUGUCAUGUUUUUAUAGAAACUUACCUUGCUGACUGUAUGUGAACGGAGUAUUUCAUUUGCACAUUUAUAUUUUUGUAUUCAGAAUAUGU